AGGGCCGGGGCCGCGCGCCCAGCCUGAGCCCGCCCCGCCGCCAAGCGUCACCGAACCUGCUUGAAAUGCAGCCGGGGAGCCGGGGCGGGCGGCAGCGGUGGUGGUGGCGGCGAAGACAGCGGCAGCUCCGGCGCCGCGGCAAGCACUUGGCGGGCUGAGGAGCGGCGGCGGCGCGGGGAUCGCGGGGCACGGCGGCCGGAGCCCCGGGCCCGCCAUGGGCCGCCCAGAGCUGGGCGCGCUCCGGCCGCUGGCGCUGUGGCUGUUGCUGCUGCUGCUGUUGCAGCUCCAGCAUCUCUCCGCAGCGGAUCCGCUGCCCGGCGGCCAAGGGCCGGUCAAGGAGUGCGAAGAGGACCAGUUUAGGUGUCGGAAUGAGCGCUGCAUCCCCUCGGUGUGGAGAUGCGAUGAAGACAACGACUGUUCAGACAACAGCGACGAGGACGACUGCCCCAAGAGGACCUGUGCAGACAGCGACUUUACCUGUGACAACGGCCACUGCAUCCCGGAGCGCUGGAAGUGCGAUGGGGAAGAGGAGUGUCCUGAUGGGUCUGAUGAAUCCAAGGCCACUUGUGCCAGAGAAGAGUGUCCUGAUGAGAAGCUGAGCUGUGGACCCAGCAGCCACAAGUGUGUGCCUGCCUCGUGGCGUUGCGACGGAGAGAAGGACUGUGAGGGCGGAGCGGACGAAGCUGGCUGUCCUACCUUGUGCGCCCCGCAUGAGUUCCAGUGCAGCAACCGUUCCUGCCUGGCCUCUGUGUUCGUGUGUGAUGGCGAUGAUGACUGCGGUGAUGGCAGUGAUGAGCGCGGCUGCUCGGACCCGGCCUGCCCGCCCCGCGAAUUCCGAUGUGGAGGAGCUGGUACCUGCAUCCCUGAGCGCUGGGUCUGCGAUGGCCAGUUUGACUGCGAUGACCGCUCGGAUGAGGCUGCCGAGCUUUGCGGGCGAGCGGGCCAGGAGACCACAGCCACGCCUGCAGCCUGCGCCCCCACGGCCCAGUUCACCUGCCGCAGUGGCGAGUGCAUACACCUGGGCUGGCGCUGCGAUGGCGACCGCGACUGCAAGGACAAGUCUGACGAGGCCGACUGCUCACCACCUGGACCCUGCAAUGAGAAUGAGUUCCAGUGUGGGGAUGGGACUUGUGUCCUCGCGAUCAAGCGUUGCAACCAGGAACACGACUGCCCAGACGGGAGUGAUGAAGCCGGCUGCCUGCAGGAGUCAACCUGUGAGGGUCCCCGCAGAUUUCAGUGUAAGAGUGGAGAGUGCGUGGACGGCGGGAAAGUGUGUGAUGGUCAGAGGGACUGCCGGGACUGGUCGGAUGAGCCUCAGAAAGAGUGUGGGCUGAACGAGUGUCUGCACAAUAAUGGCGGCUGUUCCCAUAUCUGCACUGACCUCAAGAUUGGCUUUGAGUGCACAUGCCCAACAGGCUUCCAGCUCUUGGACAAGAAGACUUGUGGCGACAUUGAUGAAUGCCAGGACCCAGAUGCCUGCAGCCAAAUCUGUGUGAAUUACAAGGGCUACUUUAAGUGUGAAUGCCACCCUGGCUAUGAGAUGGAUGCACUGACCAAGAACUGCAAAGCUGUAGUUGGCAAGAGCCCAUCCCUAAUCUUCACCAACCGACAUGAGGUACGAAGAAUAGACCUGGUGAAGCGGGACUACUCGCGUCUCAUCCCCAUGCUCAAGAAUGUCGUGUCACUGGACGUGGAAGUAGCUACCAAUCGAAUAUACUGGUGUGACCUUUCCUACCGCAAGAUCUACAGCGCCCCCAUGGACAAGGCCAGUAUCCCGGACGAGCAGGUGGUCCUCAUUGAUGAGCAGCUGCACUCUCCAGAGGGCUUGGCGGUGGACUGGGUCCAUAAGCACAUCUACUGGACAGACUCAGGAAACAAGACCAUCUCAGUGGCCACCCUUGAUGGCCGCCGCCGAUGCACCCUCUUCAGUCGUGAACUCAGUGAGCCCCGAGCCAUCGCCGUUGACCCCCUGCGAGGGUUCAUGUACUGGUCUGACUGGGGAUUCCAAGCAAAGAUUGAGAAAUCUGGGCUCAACGGUGCAUACCGGCAAACACUGGUUUCAGACAAUAUUGAAUGGCCCAAUGGAAUCACCCUGGACUUGCUGAGCCAGCGUUUGUACUGGGUGGACUCCAAGCUGCACCAGCUGUCCAGCAUUGACUUCAAUGGAGGCAACAGAAAGAUGCUGAUUUUCUCCCCUGACUUCCUGAGUCACCCUUUUGGGAUAGCUGUAUUUGAGGACAGGGUAUUCUGGACAGAUCUGGAGAAUGAGGCCAUUUUCAGUGCAAACCGGCUCAAUGGCUUAGAAAUCUCCAUCCUGGCUGAGAACCUCAAUAACCCACAUGACAUUGUAAUCUCCCAUGAGCUGAAGCAGCCAACAGCUGCAGAUGCCUGUGAACUGAGCGCCCAGCCCAACGGCGGGUGUGAAUACCUGUGCCUUCCUGCUCCUCAGAUCUCCAGCCACUCCCCCAAGUACACAUGUGCCUGUCCUGACACAAUGUGGCUGGGCCCAGACAUGAAGAGAUGCUACCGAGCACCUCAGACUACCUCAACUACAACGUUAGCCUCUGCCAUGACAAGGACAGUACCCACCACUACCAGAGCACCUGGGACAACCAUCCAAGACCCUACCUACCAGAACCACAGUACGGAGACACCAAGCCGGACAGCUGCUGUCCCAAACUCAGUUAGUGUUCCCAAGGCUCCCAGCAUCAGCCUAUCUACCCUAAGCCCUGCAACCAGCAACCACUCCCAGCACUAUGGGAAUGAAGGCAGUCAGAUGGGAUCAACAGUCACUGCUGCUGUCAUUGGGAUUAUCGUGCCCAUAGUGGUGAUAGCCCUGCUGUGUACAAGUGGGUAUCUGAUCUGGAGAAACUGGAAGCGGAAGAACACCAAGAGCAUGAACUUUGACAACCCAGUAUACAGGAAGACAACAGAAGAAGAAGAUGAAGACGAGCUUCAUAUAGGGAGGACUGCUCAGAUUGGCCAUGUCUAUCCUGCAGCAAUCAGCAGCUUUGAUCGCCCACUGUGGGCAGAGCCCUGUCUUGGGGAGACCAGAGACCUGGAAGACCCAGCCCCUGCCCUCAAGGAGCUUUUUGUCUUGCCGGGGGAACCAAGGUCACAGCUGCACCAACUCCCGAAGAACCCUCUUUCCGAGCUGCCUGUCGUCAAGUCCAAGCGAGUGGCAUUAAGUCUUGAAGAUGAUGGACUGCCCUGAGGAUGGGACCACCCACUUCGUGCCUCAUGGAGUUCAGUCCUAUGCACUACUCUCUUUGGAUGGAUGGUGUGUGACUGGAUGAAUGCUAUUUCUAUAUAUGGGUCUGUGUGAGUGUGUAUGAAUGUGUGCGUGUAACUUUUUUUAAAUUUAUGUUGCGAAAAGGUAACCACAAAGUUAUGAUGAACUGCAGACAUCCAAAGGAUGUGAAAGUUUUUAUAUGUAUAAUGUUUUAUACACUUUUUAACUGGUUGCACUACCCAUGAGGAAUUCAUGGGACAGCUACUGCUGAGUGACUAACAUGAUGUAUAUAACCAAACGGGGGCCAAUGGUACAAACUUUACUCAUCAUUUGAAUACUAUAUUUACAGAGGAUGUUUGAUUUGAGGGCUUUUUUAGGUUUGAGGGACUUGGGGUUUUUUUUGUAAAUAAAAUUAUGCUUUGUGGCUAUCCAUCAACAUAAGUAUAAAAAGAACACUUCAACUCCCUUCCUCAUUUAGAUUAUUUAUUAACAUAUUUCAAAAGUAAGGUUAGCUCUAUAAAUAAUUUAGAGAAGUGAAAGUAUUUAUUUUUGGUAUGACUGGCCCACUGCACAGACUCUGUGUUUAUGUGUGUAUGUUUGUAUGAGAGGAAGAAAAAAUCUGUAGAGAAGAGGCACACUUAUGACUGUUGUUCAGAUACAUAAAACAAAGUUGUUUUAAAACAGUCCACGAGAGGGGUAUCUAGUUUUCAGAGACACCGUCAGAAACUUCAUUCAGAAAAUAGAUGCCACAGUUCACACAGACAUAUGGCGGGAAAGGUAGAUCUUUUCACCUCUGGCUACUCCCGAGGCUUUGGUGAGCCAGUAAGAAGCUUUUGAGCUCGUCCAUGGCUGCCAUGACACCCACCUAGGCUUUCUGAUAUAGAUGCCACUGAUACACAGUGCCAGAAGCCCUCAUGAGCUCACAAUAGCAGAGCUCAGCGAGUCCUCUUAAAGUUCAGCUCUCGGUGGGGACUCGGGCUGACUUUCAUCUGAAGCUCCUGAAGGCUGAGCCUCUAGAGCAGCAGUUCUCAACCCAUGGGUCACGGCCCCUUUGUGGGUCAAAUGGCCCUCUCACAGGGUCACCUAAGACUACUGGAAAACACAGAUAUUUACAUUACGAUUCAUAACAGUAGCAAAAUUACAGGUAUGAAGUAACAACAAAAAUAAUUUUAUAGCUGUGGGUCACCACUAAGUGAGGAACUGUAUUCAAGGGUCGCAGCAUUAGGAAGAUUGAGAACCACUGCUCUAGAGCUAAGUGAAGACAUUUCUAGGAUUCCAAAGUUGACUGUAAGAACUGGCUCAGGCACUGAACCUCUGAGUUGCUGUGGAUGAGGACAAAGGUUUUGGAAUAGGUUUGAUUACAUCACUAUUUCUCCAUCCCCUUACUUUCUACCAUUUUCUUAAGUAGGGGAAAUAUUUUAAAAUAAUAAACAUGUUUCUUACCGUCAAAUGUUCACAUGGAUAAAACUAAGUCCAAAAAUGUGACCACAUCCAAAGUUAUAUUUGGGGGGAGGAAAUACCAUGGGAGAUAUUAUAGCAUAUUCGGCAUGUGUCCACACAAGGAUUUGUUUUACUGCUUUAUAAAUAAAAGGAAAACUCUGGGUAUUUA